UGAAAUCAUAUGACAGUCAGCUACUUAUUUUCCGAGAAAAUGGCUGUGAAUAUGAUUGUUUUUUGGUUUUCUUUUGUUUUAACUAUUAUUGGUAGCAAUGCUGCUGGGGAAUUUAGUGUCCUUCACAGUCCCAAAUCCAUAAAAUUUUCGGGAUCUAGUAAGACUUUGGAGAGUCUUUUGAAGGAAAUUUUCUCAGCUUCUCUUGGUUUGUCUGUAGAAGAGAGCUCAGAAUGGAGUGGUCUUUCUAUUGUGGAUCCAUUUAACACUCCUGAAGCAGUUGUAGAAGUCUAUAUAGAUGGUGUUUCUACACUUGGAAAAACUGCGGGGCUUAAGACCCAAGACUUUCCACUAACUGUUGAUGAGUAUGAACCUGAUACCUAUAAGGCUGUCAAGCAUAGAAUUGAGCAACGCUUCACCAAUGGUGGCAACAAACUUGUGCAAAUCAACUUGUCGGAAGUUAAUGAGCUCAAUUUGUAUCCCGAUGUGUUUGGUGAGAUCAUACCACCAAAGGUGACAAAACAAUCACUGCAACACUUGAAGUACACAGUUGAAGAAGAUUACCAAUUCUUGUCUGAAUUAGAAGCGUUGAAAGCUCUGACUAGCAAGGUUAAAAGUAUUACAGCAGACAACAUCAUUGACUUCUAUAAUUUUAGAUUCCGAUCACUUCAUGCAUUAUCUGAUUUCCAUGGCCCUAAUUCACUUCAAACUAAGGAAGCUAAAAAACUUUUGGGAGAGGCACUGCAAGAACUAAGUGAUGCUUUUGAAAAAGCCUAUGAUGGUUCAGUACUAGUGACUGCAGUGUCCACUGAUGUUGCACACACUCGACGUGCAGUCAGAUCUGUACCUGAAGAAAAGCAGGCUACACCAUACGUAGAUGAUGGAUACAGUGCUGAUUAUGCUGCCAUUUUCAACAUUAUCUUGUGGUUUGGAGUGGUGUUUGCCUUUACCUUGGUAGCAAUUGUAUAUGCCAUCAUGGAUAUGGACCCUGGCAGAGACUCCAUCAUCUAUCGUAUGACAAACACCAGAAUGAAGAAGGAUAAUUAAAUGGUUAACCAUUUUGAUCUUGAAAAAUGUUUGGAAUGUCUUUUCCAAACAUCCAGUCUUGUUGUUAGACUAGUAAUUUCACACAAGUACAUUAAGAAUCUAGACUAUACUUACUGUUUUUAAAUUAUCAAUGUGUAGUGACUAGAUUCGACUAAAUAUCCAGGUAUAGCAAUUUAAUGAGUACUUAGUGUUUAAGAAUGUUUUAACUUGUUGCUAAUGUGAGUAAAUCAUUAUUUAUUUCUAUAGUUUGUAUAUAAAUAACCUCUGCAACAUUUCCAAUCACAAAUGAAUAUAAUAUAUCUUUAGGAUGAAUUCAGUAUUGAAAUAUUGAUAUAAGCCUAAAUCAUGUUAAUGCCCUAACUUCUACUAGACUAUUCUAGUCUUAGAAGGCUUUAUAGUCUUACAAUACAUAAGAAUGUUAUAAUUGUUAUUUUCUUAAGCUUAUUGAAUAAAUACAUACCAUUCACAUUA